UCAUUCAAACCCCACAAAACAAAACUCUCCUCCCCAGCUCUUCCUUAUCAGUUAUCCCCAUAGCGACAAAUCCUUUUUUCCCAUUUUUCUGCCAAAGAAAACAAAGUAGUUUUCCAAUGGCAACAUUUACACUCUCUUCUAGUCUUCUCCCUAAACCCUUAACCCUACUUUCUCACUCCAAACCCUUCACUCCCACACCUAGCCUCCACAUCCAGUGCUGCAGUCUCCCUCACUGGAACCCAACUCUUGCCACCAAAUCUCGGCCCUCCAUCAGAGUAGCAGCCGUGGAUGGAGAUUUCUCAGCUAGAAGAAGCAGUAGCAAUAGCAAUGAGCCCAGAGAGACCAUUAUGCUGCCUGGGUGUGACUAUAACCACUGGCUCAUAGUCAUGGAGUUCCCUAAAGACCCUGCCCCAACUAGGGAGCAAAUGAUUGACACUUACCUUAAUACCCUCGCCACUGUCUUGGGCAGCAUGGAAGAAGCAAAGAAGAAUAUGUAUGCUUUCAGCACCACCACGUACACUGGAUUUCAAUGCACUGUUGAUGAAGAGACAUCUGAGAAAUUCAAGGGAUUGCCUGGUGUUCUCUGGGUAUUGCCAGACUCAUACAUAGACGUAAAAAAUAAAGACUAUGGAGGGGAUAAGUAUAUCAAUGGGGAGAUCAUUCCUUGCAAAUACCCUACUUAUCAACCUAAACGCAGUAAUUCAAAAUAUGAGAGUAGAAGGUAUGAAAGACGGAGAGAUGGCCCCCCUCCUGAGAAGAAAAAACCCAGACAAGAGGCAACCACUACAGACUCCACCUCUGGCUGAGGUUGUUAAGGCUUGUUUUUGAAAUUCUAGCCGGAUAGCAGUUGCAAUUUAUCAUUCUUCAGUGUCUGCAAACUAUAGUGCAUGGAUAGUUUAAAAUGAGGUCAGAAAACCUGCUUAUAAAGUGAAUUUGGUCAGAUGCAGUGUUCUUGUAUGUUUUGCAAGAUCAACCUAAGUAGCAUCAUCUGGAGGAAUAUGUAGCCUUGCUGUAUGAGUAUGUUAUGCAAAGGGGAUUUUGAGUUACAUGAAUCUAUGUUUAAUUCUGAGUUACUUAUGCAGCAACUAUUUGUAGUUGGAUUCAUUGAUAUGUGAUAUCAAUUUUCUUUUGUUAUUC